CCCGGACCGAAGCGCAUUACUGCGAAUUGGAAAUUUCCCGGAUUGCCUUCAUUCAUUUCAACUGCAGCCUCGAUCCCCCCGCUAGCUCGCUACGAUGACAAAGGAAGAGCCGCCUCAACCCCUCCUCCUCCCUCGGAGGGUGUUUCUCGAGACCCCCGGGCAGCGCUGCUAGAACCCGACAGCGCCCUCGCUUUCUCGAAUCCGCCUUCGGUCGCGGGCACAACAUCAACAGUGGGAGCAAGGAGUGCCAAUGCGAAUUCUACGCCAGAGACCAAGAAACUCCUCUCGAAUGCAAAAGUGGCGAUCCCCCGCCAGCGGUCUGGAACUGCCCCGCGCUACAAUCGUCGGGUUCCUCGCGCCUGUGAAUCCUGCAGACAGCGCAAGACAAAAUGCAGUGGCGAUACCCCGGUCUGUCGCCAGUGUCGCGAGUUGCGAGUCAGUUGCCAGUAUCCUGUUGGAUGGAAGGAGAGAACCAAAAGGCAAGUCGACAAGCUUUCUGAGAAGGCCCAUGACUACGAAAAUUUGUUGAAGGAUUUGGGAAAUACUGUUGAAGCCCGCACCGCGGACCGUAUCAAAAAUUUACUGGAUAAGUAUGGCACGGAGACAGAUUACUCGUCUAACAGCGCCCCGUCGCACUCGGUUACUCCUCAGGAUGAGCUUCCCGACAUAGAUGAACCGUCCUCGCCUUCGUCUAUUGGGUCGCUGGAGGCGAUUGAUCGGGUAGAAGAGGACCUUAACCGAUCAGAACACACGAGAGCCACGGGGUUUAUGGGAAAGAAUUCGGAGAUCACUUGGAUGCAACGGCUGCAGAGGGAGGCAGAACAGCGUGCCCGCGGUGAGCCUGGGCUUUUGGAGCUUGAUAAAAGCCAGUACCCCGAGAACGAAUUCACCCUUCAUGCGGUCAACUAUCAUCUUGACGAUCUUGACAUCUCCGUUCCUGGGCCAGUGCAGCUCUAUUCAAUGCCUUCACGGCAGCUGGCCGACCGGCUUUUUGACGAUUAUUUGGCUACUGUCCAUCCGUUCUUUCCUAUCAUCAAUCGACCUCUUUUUCGCGCACAGUUUCGGACAUUCUUCGAAACUGCUGCUCGGCCUGGUGACAAAUGGCUGGCCAUUUUGAACAUGAUUUUCGCCAUUUCGGCCAAGCACGCUCACCUUAUCGACGCCCCAUGGCGUGGCGAUGACAAUGACCACCUGGUGUAUUUGACCCGGGCCAGGAUUCUGAGCAUGAACGGCGACGUUUUGUUCAGUCACCCAGAUCUUCAGCAGGUUCAAGUAGAGGGUUUGAUUGCCUUCUAUCUACUUUCGUCGGAUCAAAUCAAUCGGGCUUGGAGGAUCUCGUCUCUGGCAGUUCGAUCGGCGAUUACCCUCGGCAUCAAUAUGAAAAGCAGCAGCCCGUCCACUCCUGCUAUCUCUAAAGAGGCUCGUUACCGAGUCUGGUGGUGUCUAUAUACCUUCGAGCAUAUGCUGGGUAUCAUGACCGGCCGGGCUACUUGCAUUAUGGAUGGGGUGUGCACCGCGCCCUUGCCAAUCCCCUUCGAAGAAAAUCAGCUACAAGAGCCAGCGGCCGCGGAAAUUCUCAACGACGCGGUACUUCGGGAUGAGCGAAUAAACAACGUGAUGGCCAGCACAUGGGUCCGACAUAUGCCCCUCAACCCAGCGAACGGCAAGGAUGCCACCCAUCAUUCUCGAGUACGGGACACAUCGUGGGUCAAAAAUGUACCUGUUAGCUACGGUCUCUGCUAUCUCUACUACUGUGACUUGGCCGUCGUCACGCAAGAAAUUGUUAACAAAGUAUAUUCUGUGGAUUGCGUGGUUGUGCCAUGGGCGCACAUCGAGAACCGGAUUGGUGAAUUGCGCUCUCGCAUGGAUGUGUGGUACUCGAGUCUCCCGGCCUCGCUCGACUUCUCCAAUCAGAAUGACGACGGGCCUGAUCUGCUUCGUUGCAAGCUGUCUCUGGCCUUGCAUUACUACAGCGGGCGGAUCACGCUAGGCCGCCCAUGUCUUUGCCGGCGCGAUGCACGACAGAAUGGCCCUAACGAAAAGCCCAGCUUCGGCCACGAGAUGGCUGUGGUGGCUCUGGAGUCUGCUUCGCGCAUGCUCGAUCUGGUCCCGGACGAGCCGAAUGCAAUUCAACUCUACCAGGUCUGCCCGUGGUGGUGUAUUUUACACUAUCUCAUGCAAGCGGCUACUGUCCUCCUUCUGGAGCUGUCAUUUGGCUGCGUCCACAUGCCGGAAGAAGAACAAAACUUCUUCGCGCUCUCAAAGAAAUCUAUCCGCUGGCUGCACUCCAUGUCCGAGCAUAGCAUUGCCUCACGCCGCGCAUGGCAGCUCUGCGAUCGUGGUCUCCGUCGGCUGGCCACCGGCAUGAACCUCGAUGUGAGCGAUAUGCCGUCGCAUACUUACCGUCAUACGCCCCAGACUACUCUGGCCGACUCCCCAACCGGAAUAGGUCGGCCUGGCCAGGCAGAACCAUCUGCCCCAUCGGGUUUCUGGGGCCCAUUACUGAAUGAGGCAUCUGUGACUGGAUUGCAAAUGCCCACCACUGCCAUUGACCAGUUCACCCCCUCGAGUUACGUCGAUAUGCCUACCUCAGACCUGAUAUCCUCUCUGACAGCUGAGGCCCAGGACUCUUAUUUCCCGUAUGACCCUAUUAGCGGGGAAUUUAUCCGGUCUUUCUUCCCUGCCCAGAACGAGGAAGGAUCCUGGAACCAAAACUGA